CUGACUGUAUGUAUUUACAGACAAGGGCAAAGCCAGGCGUUGCUUCUGUCAUUGUCAUUUGCCACACCGGCUUGCUAGCAUGGCGAGGUUUUUGAGGCCUAACAUCCGCAAUUUGUUCUCUUUGCAGCUGAGAAUGUCAUCCGACCAGCUAGGGGAGCUGGGUAAAGGUGCAGGAAAAGGCGGCGGAGCCGGCGGGUCCAUCCGAGAGGCAGGAGGAGCCAUGGGAAAGAAACAGGCAGCUGAGGAGGAAAUGUACUUUAAGCGCAAGGAGCAAGAGCAGCUGGCUGCACUGAAGCAACACCACCAGGAGGAAAUCGACCACCAUAAAAAGGAGAUCGAGCGUCUGCAGCGGGAGAUCGACCGUCACAAGGGGAAGAUCAGGAAGCUGAAGCACGACGACUAAACGAAACGAGCUUCUGCCAGACAUCUUUAAUCACUGCUGUGUUGCAUCUGAAAAAAUAUAUAUAUUCACCGGUACAAAAAUCACGUGUUCUUCGCCACAAGGCAUGAACGUUUUGUAAAUUGUUAUUUAAAAGCAAUUGCAACGGUUCUCAAAAUAAAUGUUGUGUGACAGCA